AUGGCGUCGACGAUGACGAAGAUGGCGCAGCAGGCGUCGAAACAAAUCAAUGCUGUGGUGGUGUCGGCGGGCCUGAUGCAGAAGACUGUGAAAGUACGGGUUGGUGAUCAGAAGUGGAAUAAUCAUAUUAGAAAAUAUUUCAACCGGAAAGCCCACCUCCUAGUACAUGAUCCGCGCGAAUCCCUGCGCGUCGGCGAUAUCGUAGCUAUCACCCCGGGCUGGCGAGCAUCCAAACACGUCCAUCAUGUAGUGAGCAGCAUCAUCGCGCCGUUCGGAGAGCCGAUCGAGGCGCGCCCGCCGGUGCCGACGGAGGAGGAGAGGGUUGCGGAGAGGGAGGCUAGGAGGCUGGCUAAGGCUGAGAGGAAGAGGAGGAGGAAGAGUGAGGAGAAGAGUGAG